GCUGUCAGAAGGUAUUGCUCAUUCGCCCACCUCUACUUGAAAAAAACAAGGCCUAGCAAACGUAUUAAUACACACGAAUUCCCUAUAAUAUUUAGUUUAAAAAUAACUAAAUUUUUUUAUAUUCCAACCAAAUAGUUUUGAAACAUAGUUUGGCCAAGUGUUUACUAAAAGAAAUUGAACUGAACGUAAGCGAAAUAUAUGUAGGUGAAUUGCCACAAUAGGGCCAAGUUGAAAGUGAGGCAAAAACUCGGAAAAAGAAGCAGAAGCAAAGGGAGAUAACGACGAAGUACCGGAGCAGCCAAAAUGUCGGACGUACAAAUGGACAGUGCACUUGAUCUGAUGCGUCGCCUGCCACCACAACAAAUCGAGAAGAAUCUCAUAGAUUUGAUUGAUUUGGCGCCAGAACUGUGCGAGGAUCUGCUAUCGUCUGUAGAUCAACCGCUAAAAAUAGCAAAAGAUAAAGAGCAUAAUAAAGACUACCUGCUGUGCGAUUACAACCGUGAUGGUGAUUCAUAUCGAUCGCCGUGGUCAAAUACUUACUACCCGCCACUAGAGGACGGACAAAUGCCGUCCGAUCGAUUACGUAAAUUGGAAAUAGAAGCGAAUUAUGCCUUUGAUCAAUAUCGUGAAAUGUACUACGAAGGCGGUGUGUCUUCUGUGUAUUUGUGGGAUUUGGAGCAUGGCUUCGCAGCGGUAGUGUUGAUCAAAAAAGCCGGCGAUGGCAAUAAAAAGAUACGUGGCUGCUGGGAUUCCAUACACGUCGUUGAGGUGCAAGAGAAACCGACGGGGCGAACGGCACACUAUAAACUAACAUCCACGGCUAUGCUUUGGCUGCAAACGAACAAACAAGGUUCGGGCACAAUGAAUCUGGGCGGCUCAUUGACACGUCAAACGGAACAAGAUGCCAAUGUCAGUGAAUCGUCGCCGCACAUUGUAAACAUUGGCAAAAUGGUAGAAGAAAUGGAGAAUAAAAUACGCAAUACGCUUAAUGAAAUCUAUUUCGGCAAAACGAAAGACAUUAUAAAUGGCUUACGUAGCGUACAACCGCUAGCCGAUCAACGACAGGAGGUAGCCAUGAAACAGGACUUGGCUGCGGCAAUACUAAAACGUAAUGUAAAACCAGAAUCGAACUGAGGUGCAUGUGUGUGUAACGGGGGAGUAUGACAUUGGCGUUUGCAAUAUACAUACAUACAACAUAUACAUAUAUAUAUAGAUAGAGCUGAAGCUGAAGAUGCAGCAGAAAUUGGGUAAUUGAGCGGCAAUAGCAAGCGAAAGCAUUGAGUAAACGGCGUAUUAUUGUAGAUGCAGUGUGCAACGUCUGCAUAAAACCACAUAGAUGCAAUUCUUUUAAUUAAACAAUUAUAAUAACAAAAUGAUAGUAAACACACAAAAAGGAAACGAACAAACACAAAUUCUAUGCAAUUAUAUUCAAAUUCCAUAAAAAUACAAAAGAAUAAUCCAAACUAAGUUUUGAAUGCCUAAUAAGACAAUGAAAUUAAUUAAUUGACAGUCAUAACGCGUGCAGCAAGCUGAGAGUGGUGCCUGAUAACUUGCCGAAAACGUGAAUGCACCCGCAAUUGAAAGUUUUAAAAUCGCAAUUUUUGGUGUGCGACCGCGCUCACUUGCAUGCGCAUACUGUUAUUAAAAAAUUAUAAUUAUAAAUAAAUUACCGCAUCGAAAUAUAAUGGACAAAAAAAACAUACCAAUUAACACGUAAACUAAAGCAUUUGCAUUAUUGUUCAGUAGUGGUGAUUUUUUAGUAAACAAUUUAAAUGUAGCAAUUGUUAAAGUUGUUGAAAUAAUUUGAAGACAAAUUGAAACUAAAUAUAAAAAAAAAAACAAAAAAACACAAAGUGAAUGAGAGUAAAGUGUUUGUGUAAGCGAACUACAACUGUAAUUAUUAGCGAGUAUACAACUAAUGUAAUUUCACUAACAAGCGAAAACGUUUAAUUUACACAUACAUACAUACAUACUUAUAUGUCCCAAUGAAAGUAAACAAAAAAAAAAUAAUAAUAAUAUGUAUACAUAUGUAAAACGCCACAGUCUGAUUGUCAUUUAAAUUGCAAAAACAAAAGCGAAAACGAAAAAAAGUGAACAAAGCUUAACAAAAGCACUUCUUGUCAAUUGUUUGUACUCUCCCCCCGCCUUUCACCCACGUGUAUGCCUACCUAUUUUGUAUUGUUUAUUUCUCGCUCUCAGUUACUAUAAUUAUUACUUUCUACUUUCGCUGUCAACGUUAAUAAAUAUACGAAAAAAAACAAGAAAAAUUAUUAAUAUUUAAGUUACACUGCAUGUAUGUGUGUAUUUAGUAUUUUGCGUUCAACAGCUGAUUUAUAAAUAAUUUUAAAUAAGAAAAAAAUAUAUAUUUACAUGCAUACAUAAAUUAAAAACAAAAAAAUAUUAAAUUAAAAUAAAACGUAAAAUCAAACAAUUGAUUUGUGUAUUUACAGUUAUAAGUUUAUGCAUUAUCUGCAAUAAAAUUAACGCUAUUUCUACUAUUAUAAAUAUACUACUGUUUACGUAUUGUG